CGACAAGCUAUUCAUCUUGCAUUACAAGCUUUAUCAGCGACGUAAACUUGUUUCGCUUUCCUAUAAUUGCUUGUAGCAAAAAUAUCGCCCGCAAAAUCCAUGUAUCGAUAGCACCGCGUGUCUUGUGAACACACCACGCAAUGGAGAAAUACAGCCAGUUCCGUGACAAAGGUACGGCCAUAGCGCCCUUUCUCCCUGUGCCUCCUCCUCCAGUCAGCGUCGUCUGGACGCCAAUCCAUGCCUUCCUCUUCCUCUGCCGCAUGCCGUUCGUAAUCGCGCUCUCAGUCUUCUACUUUGGCGUUAUUGAGUGGUUACCAGUCGGCGGAGCCAUUAAAUAUGUGUUGCUGUGGGCGCUUCUUGGCCUGACUGGAGUAUGGUGGGUCGACUUCCAGGUCGACGGCGUGAAGCGCGGAAGACUCUCAGAAGCAAAAGAGCACACGCCCCAGGCCGGCACCAUUAUCGCUUCCUCGUUCACGUCUCCUCUCGACCCGCUCUACCUUGCCGGAAUCUUCCAACCGAUCUUUACACGCUCGUACCCAAAUAGCCGCAAAGUCGAGCGCAUCACACUUCUUCGUGCGAUCCUCCUCGCAUUCGCACCUCCCGCUUUCGUCCCGCAAGACGAAUCUAAGCUUGUCACUCUUGCAUCCCUUGUCAAGGCAAACCCCAAGAGCAUCAUUUGCGUCUUCCCAGAAUGCACCACCACAAACGGUCGCGGCAUAUUGCCCCUGAGCCCGAGCUUGCUCAGCGCAAGAGGUGACACCAAGAUCUACCCCGUCAAUCUGCGCUACACGCCUCAGGACGUCACCACCCCUGUGAGCGGCGGAUACAUCAGCUGGCUCUACCAACUCCUAUCAAAACCCUCGCACCAGAUGCGCGUCCGCAUCGCAAUGCGCGUCUACAACAGCCCUAGCAUCGAUUCUCCAGCAAGACAGUCCGAAACUGCGAUCGGCUCUGGCUACAACUCGAACACCUUCAAUACCCCGGACUUCCGCAACGGCGCGAGUAGCAGUCUGGAGAGGGAGACGGACAUGUACAUCACGACUGGCGAGACGCAAGGCGAGGUUAGCGCGCAGGAGCAGAGGGUUCUGGAUCGUGUAGCGGAGGAUCUGGCGCGAUUGGGGAGAGUGAAGAGAGUGGGACUUGAUGCUGGGAAUAAAAUCGAGUUCCUGAAGGUCUGGCUCAAGAGGAGACGGUGAGCGGGUGCGGCAACGCAGCGAAGCAAGUACAAAAAAGAGCAUGUAACGCUCACCAAGGAGCAAGAUGUAGCCACGAUAGAAGAAACGGCUCUUGAUAUUGCAGAUAUAUGCAUAUUCAUCUUGUCACACAGAACUAUACC